AUGUACGGAUUCGAAGCGCUGACCUUCAACAUUCACGGAGGGUACCUGGAGGCGAUUGUGCGAGGCCAUCGAUCGGGACUCCUCACUGCCUCCGACUACAACAACCUUUGCCAAUGUGAAACCCUCGAGGACAUCAAGAUGCACCUCUCCGCCACUGAGUAUGGCCCCUACCUCCAAAAUGAGCCUUCGCCAUUGCACACGACGACAAUUGUGGAGAAAUGUACUCUUAAAUUGGUUGAUGAGUAUAAGCACAUGUUAACCCAAGCCACAGAGCCUUUGUCAACCUUUUUAGAGUAUAUCACAUACGGUCACAUGAUCGACAAUGUUGUGCUAAUUGUCACGGGAACUUUGCAUGAGAGAGAUGUUCAGGAAUUGUUGGAGAAAUGCCAUCCUCUGGGAAUGUUCGACAGCAUCGCUACUCUCGCAGUCGCCCAAAAUAUGAGGGAGCUUUACAGACUGGUGCUAGUUGAUACACCUCUGGCUCCAUACUUCUCUGAAUGCCUCACUUCAGAGGACUUGGAUGACAUGAAUAUUGAAAUUAUGAGGAAUACUCUCUACAAAGCAUACCUUGAGGAUUUCUACAGAUUUUGUCAGAAACUUGGUGGCGCAACUGCAGAGAUUAUGUCUGACAUCCUGGCUUUUGAGGCCGACAGAAGGGCAGUUAAUAUCACCAUAAACAGCAUUGGCACUGAGCUUACUCGAGAUGAUCGUCGGAAAUUGUUCUCUAAUUUCGGAUUACUAUAUCCUUACGGUCAUGAGGAGCUUGCUGUUUGCGAGGAUAUAGAUCAGGUUCGUUCUGCCAUGGAAAAAUAUCCUCCUUAUCAGUCCAUAUUUUCCAAGUUAUCCUACGGCGAGAGUCAGAUACUUGACAAGGCAUUUUAUGAAGAGGAGGUGAAACGGCUUUGCUUAGCAUUUGAGCAGCAGUUCCAUUAUGGGGUGUUUUUUGCAUACAUGAGGUUGAAGGAGCAGGAAAUCAGGAACUUGAUGUGGAUAUCUGAAUGUGUUGCACAGAACCAAAAGUCCCGAGUGCACGAUAGUGUCGUUUUUAUAUUUUAA